GGCUGUUUACCCUGUUGCCGUGACAGUGGCUGGGCCGGCCGACCAACCGACCGGCCGGCCGCCGGAGGCCCAGCCAGUCGCUCUCACACUGUGACCGUGGACUGGGACCGUAGCGGCCCGCGCCGAAACGGGGUCGCCGGUCGCCCGCGCCGCGCCGGAGGACGGCCGAUUGAGGACGGCCAGCCACCAGCGGAAGGCUGCGGACUCAGCCCCGUUAUAUGACCACCUAGCUACAGCCGUCUCCCCAGCCGUGUGACCUAACUACAGCCGUCUCUCCAGCCGUGUGAUCAUGCGUGAAUACACAGCGCCGUGGUACUGGACGCGGCGCUAGGCAGCCGGUCAGCAGCCGCUGCUGGUCGCGCCCGUGGCUCCCCGGACCGGCCGGACAGACCCCGGACCGGACCGGACGGCGGACCGGACCCGAGUGGAGGCGUGCCGGCGAUGUCCGCCGAUCGCGGCGGGCGCCGGGGCCGGAGGCGCGGCCAGACCCUGCACGCGGCUGUGAACCACUGCUGCUACCGGGACGAGCAGCUGGGGCCGCAGGUGUUCCUCUGCUCCCAGUUUCACGAGGUGGAGAACGGCACGGCCUCCUCGCCGGUGGUGGGCGGCGCCUACUGCUGUCGGCCGUCGCGCGACUGGGCCUUCUGCUGCAACAAGGCAGAGUUCGAGCGCGGCGUGGCCAACGGCAACGACCCGAGCCCGCAGUGCGGCCGCCUGCACGCGGGGCGCCGCUUCCACCGCAGGUUCAUGGUGCCGCGCGUGGCGCUGACGGUCGGCUCCAUCCUCGUGCUGCUCAUCAUCGCCAUCUUCAUCUACUUCUGCUUCAAGAAGCGCCUCCUGGCCAAAAAGCGCGAGAACCGCAUACACGGCUGGAUCGUGCCCAACGGAAUGUCCCGGCAGGAUUCGGCCAUGGUGGUGGGCGUGCCCGGCGCCCAAGGUGACCUGAUCACACCGUACCAGCAGGCCACAGUUCCGCAGGGUGGCCAGUACGGCGCGCCGCUCGGGCCCGGGUCGGCCAGCUACCCGCCGCUGGAGGUGGUCGGCCCCGCCGGUCCCGGCACCAUCGGUGUGUACACACUGCCUGCUAGUAACCAUCCGGUGCAGUACAUCGGCGGCUCGCAGUGUCCCCUGCGCGAGUACGGGCCGCUGCAGCCGGCCUAUCCGGGACGCCCCCUGCCGGGCGUCACAGAGGUCAGGUGAUCACGUGACCCAGCCGCCGGCGCGCGGUCACCGAUCAUGUGACCGGCGGCGGCGGCGGCGCGUCGGGCCACGUGGCCGGAACUGGCUGCCUUUGAGUGCCUUAUCGCGCUGGCGUGGGAGCUAGACAACGCGUUACCUUCAGCUGUUGGAUUGCUGCUGCACGGCUGAUGGACGGCUGAUGGAUUGCUGCUGGACGGCUGCUGCACUGCUGUUGGAUUGCUGCUCGACGGCUGCUGCACGGCUGUUGGAUUGCUGCUGGACGGCUGCUGCACGGCUGAUGGACGGUGUUAAACAGCUGACGGACGCCGUUAUACGGCUGAAGGUCAGCGUUAUACGGCUCAAGGUCAGCGUUGUACAGCUGACGGACGGCGUUAUACGGCUGAUGGGAGGCGUUAUACGAUGUACGGCUGACGAACGGCGUUAUACAGCUGAAGGUCAGCGUUAUACGGCUGAUGGGCGGUGUUAUGUACGGCUGAUGGACGGCAUUAUACGGCUGAUGGGAGGCGUUAUACGGCUGAUGGGCGGUGUUAUGUACGGCUAACGGACGGCUUUAUACGGUUGAUGGGCGGCGUUAUACGGCUGGUGGGCGGCGUUAUACGGCUGAUGGUCGGCGUCAGAAGGCUAAAGGUAGCUUUGGGCGGCUGCUGAACGAUUUUUGGACACUGUUUGAGACUGUUGGACAGCUUUGAGCGGUGGCCCAAUGCCCCCUGUGGUCCCUGUGGCCCAAUGCCCACUGGUGGCCCAAUGCCCACUGGUGGCCCAAUGCCCCCUGUUCGCGGCCUGCCUAGCUGACAUCGGCCAUCAGAAGUUGCUAGAAAGCUGCAUGGCUGUCGAGAGCAGCCACCAGCCUGAGGCUGACCAGCGCGGCCGAGCGCUGUGCUUGCACGGCGCGUGAUAUUACCCCAUGUUAGGGUCGUUGUUGCAGACAUAUAUACAGGUCACAUAUUCACAGGAACUGCCAAAGCGCCGUGGUAGUUUAAGUUUAAAAUAGCGAAGACAUCUGUAAGCAAAUAAAACGCAAGGCUCAUAGUCGUAGCCAGUAGGCAUCAAGUGAGAUAAUGGAUCAGUAUUGCUGUUGUGAUCUGUGGACAUCAAUAUCGCGUAUUCGUGAGUGCGGCAAUAUCAGACACUUACAAUGCGUGUCAUUGCUACAUGAUAGCAGACCGCGCAGCAGAACAACGUGGCAGAACAAUGCAAGAACAAUGUGUCCGUCAUACCUUUACCAUCCCGGACACACCGUCCGACAUACAGGUGUGUACAAACCAUUCGUUAGCGCCACUAUGCAUUUUUAGACUGAGGUGGCAAUUAUAAGUUAUAACUAUGUCAUGCUAUGUCAAUUAUAACAUACGACGAUUCUGUUAUUCAUUCAGACACUGUCCUAGAAUUACCAGCUCCUAACGACAAUGGAUGAUACAUAGGUACUAGCUUCAUUGUUUAUAGGGAUGUUGGUUGAUGUAAAAUGCGUCUUUAAGUACCUAAUGCAUACUGAAUAACAUCUAGUCCCAGUGCAGUAUAAGAUUCUGCAUUCUGCAUGGGGGUAAACGUGUAGUAAAGACAAAACUGUGAUGUUAAGUGCUCUUCAAUAUCUAAAUAUAUUCCUAUUUGUUGUUA